UAUGUUUAGUGAAAAGGGAACUAAGUUGUUGAUUAUUGACAAUUACAAGUUUGGAUUCCAAAAGAACCUAGCAGAUAACAUACAGAGGUGGAUAUGUACAAAACGAAAAUGUAAAGCAUACAUUAAAUUGAACGGAGAUUGUUUAUGUGAAGAAGUAUUAACACAUAACCACGAAAGUGAAGACGAUGGUAAACUUGUGCGACAAAAAUUGACAAAUUCACUAAAAAGAAAAUGUGACAAACUUAUUACAGAGCGACCAUCUAAAAUUAAACGUAAGGAAAUAGCUUCAAAUAUUCAUAGUGAGUCACUACUUCAAAAUGAUAUUAACAGAGUCCAUAAAUAUUUGAAUGCUGCUAAAUUAAGAACAAUUCCUAAGUUACCUUCUAAUCUUGAAGAACUGCAUAAAAGUGUCAGUGAAUAUUUUAUUAUUUGUAUUUUAUACCUACACCUAGUGAUGACUAUAGUUGACUUCCAAAUCAACGAUUUAAAAUUUUGACAGUCCUAAG